AUGAUGCGUAUUUUGCUUCGAGACAUGGAUUACAUCAACAAAGCUCGGGAUCAGCUAAAUAACAAGUUGAAGGAGAAGAAUGCUUUUACGGAUGUCCUUAACAAAAUUCAAGAUGGAACGGGUGUUAAGAAGGAGUACAUUGUCUAUGGUCUGAUUGCACUCAUUGGACUUUACCUAAUGGUUGGAUGGGGCGCAACGUUUCUGGCAAAUUUCAUUGGCUUUGUCUAUCCCGCGUAUUGUUCAAUCAAAGCCAUUGAGACCCCUUGUAAGGAUGACGACACCAAAUGGCUUACUUACUGGGUUGUGUACGCGGCCUUCGCCCUAGUUGAGACAUUUACCGAUAUUUGCCUUUACUGGAUACCGCUAUAUGCUCUUCAGAAAUGUAUUUUUCUGAUCUAUUUGAUGAUUCCCGGAAGGUACAAUGGAUCAGUUUUGCUGUACAAUAAGUUUAUUCGUCCCUACAUCUUGAAGUACGAGAACCACAUUGACCGAGCCGCUGACGAGGUCGGCAAAUUCGUUGACAAGGUCUGGCGUUCAGUACUGCAGCCCGACCUAGUUUCAAAGGCUGAUGCUGCUGCAGCGAUGGCUCGGAAUCUUGUUCCGGAGACCCAUGAAUAG